CCAAUCAGAUAAUCAAGCAGCACAAAAGAGGCGGGAACACAACAAGCGUGUUUUACAUGAGACGUGCUGCAGUCGUGCGGAAUCUAGUUUAUCGUCGAAAUGGCGGAGACCACGGACAGAAUGGAGGUGUCCCAGGGAGAAAGCUCAGUGAAACCUGCAGCAGAAGACAUGACAUCCAAAGACUACUACUUUGAUUCCUAUGCACACUUCGGUAUUCAUGAGGAGAUGCUGAAGGAUGAAGUUCGUACUCUGACAUAUAGAAACUCCAUGUUCCAUAACAAGCAUCUCUUCAAGGAUAAGGUAGUACUGGAUGUGGGAAGUGGAACUGGCAUCCUUUGUAUGUUUGCAGCCAAAGCUGGAGCAAAGAAAGUCAUUGGGAUUGAGUGCAGCAGUAUAUCAGACUAUGCUGUGAAGAUCGUGAAGGCCAACAAGUUGGAUCACAUUGUUACCAUCAUUAAAGGAAAGGUGGAGGAGGUUGAGCUUCCAGUGGAGAAUGUAGACAUUAUCAUCUCUGAGUGGAUGGGCUAUUGUCUGUUCUACGAGUCCAUGCUUAACACCGUCAUUUACGCAAGGGACAAAUGGCUGAAACCCGAUGGUCUGAUUUUCCCUGACAGAGCCACACUUUAUGUCACUGCUAUCGAGGACAGACAAUACAAGGACUACAAAAUUCACUGGUGGGAGAAUGUUUAUGGCUUUGACAUGUCAUGUAUAAAGGAAGUGGCCAUUAAGGAGCCACUAGUGGAUGUUGUUGACCCCAAACAACUUGUUAGUACUGCCUGCCUCAUCAAGGAGGUGGACAUCUACACGGUGAAGAUAGACGACCUGUCCUUUACGUCCCCCUUUUGCCUCCAGGUGAAAAGGAAUGACUACAUUCACGCUCUGGUAACUUACUUCAACAUUGAGUUCACUCGCUGCCACAAGAGGACUGGCUUCUCCACUAGCCCAGAGUCUCCUUACACUCAUUGGAAGCAGACUGUGUUCUACCUUAAUGACUAUCUGACGGUGAAAACCGGAGAGGAGAUCUUUGGUACCAUCAGCAUGAAACCCAAUGUCAAGAAUAAUAGGGACCUUGACUUUAAUGUCGACAUUGACUUCAAGGGUCAGCUCUGUGAGGUGUCCAAGACAUCAGAAUACCGAAUGCGUUAGAUUUAAUUUACAUCCAUUUGUGGUUUUGAGGCAACUUUGAGAGCAGCUGAUGUUUGUGGGUGACCAGGACUGUUUUCCACGACAGAUCGUCUAUUUUGUGGAAUUGUCUGAGGUGGAGUAUUUCUGAGUUCUUGACCAUUUUUUUAAUAAACCUUAAUUUUUUGUAUGCUAUGAAUGCACCAGUGGUGACUCACCAUGGCAAUUUUUUAUUGUGCAAUUUUUUUUUAUUUGCACAGUCUUGGCCCUUUUUCCAAAUUUUAGGUGUGCAAUUUGUCUUGGAUAUGCUCCGUCAGUACGCACACAUACAGCUGCUCUCUUUUGCCUGUCUGUCUGUCCCAGGUCAGCGUCUAAGUUGUGCGUGUAUGAUGACAUGCCAUCCAAGUUCUGUGUGUGCAGGUUUUUUCUCCAUGUCAUAUGAAUCACAAAUGUCUGCUGUGUCAGUUUCCCUGCUAUGCGAACAUGUGUUCUGUGUUUGUCAAUGUAAGAUAUAUGUAAAGGUGUUUGUUUUUGUAAUUCCAUCUGUUGAAGCCAGCAUCUUGUAUGUAUCUUGUUUUUUUUCUGUGAAUAGAAGCCCUUUGGUUUAUUUGAAUGGGCCCAUAUCAUUUUGUAGUUCUGGUGUGUACAUUUGCAUCAGUUGUGGAGAAUACUGAAACCGUUCUUUUAGACCGUCAGUUGAGGACACCUUCAUAAAUCACUGUUUUUGUCUUUUGUGGAGUAAUGUUUUAAUUCGGCAAUUGCUUCUGUGUCCUCAUCUGUUCCAUUUAUAUACAUGCAUUUUUUUAUACAUCAGUGGCAGUGAUAUGAUCAUACCUUGUCAUGAUCAUAAAACUGUAUUAUGGAUGAGGAAGCCUAGUAACCUCUUGUAUAGGUGAUGUUAAUGAGCACUGUUUUAAAUCUGAUGACCUUUUUAAUAUCACAACUUUUCAAUCAAUUACUUGUUUGGUUGAAGCUUAUCUGCUGCUCUUUUGCACUGUAAGCACCUAGAACCAAGUUGCUCAGACCCAGAUCCACUUAGAAAAUCUGCAGAAUAAAAUUACCCUUUAGGUGAAUGAUGUAACUUUCGCUGUUUGAGUAACUUAACAUUGGCCAAUGUCAUUCCUUCUUUUUCAUGUUUCUGUGUACUAUAGUGUUUUUUUUUUAAGAUCACAUGUUGUGUUUAGCACGGGUUAUUACCAGUCAGGCAUUUGUCCACUAGGUAAUGUAAUUUUCUUUUUUGAAAUAAAAACAAUAAAUCUGAA